AUUCCCUCCUCGGUGAAACGAGAGAGCGUUCGCGGGGACGCGUUGAUUGAGAUUUGAGAGGCAGCACGCCCCGCCUUCUUUUGGCGCGCAGCAAAUGGGCAGUCUCUCCACCCCUCAGUCUCCUGGUCUGUGAAAUGGGAACCCGGAGAAGAAGGGCGGGGCACUCUGUAAGACAGGGGCUACUGUGAGGGGCUGCAGAUUGGGGGCGCCCCUCCCUCUUUCCAGCUCUGAUUUCCCCGCGGGCACCGCCCCCUCCCGGGUUCCGAGGCCGCGAGGCCGCCAGCGCGCAUGCCCGGGGCGGGGCGCGGGGCGGGAGCGCGGACCGGCUCCGGAGACAGCAGCGCGGAGUCCGCGGGUCCACCCGCCAGCCUGGCCCGAGGCAGCCGAGGCCGUUUGGGCGGCGGCAGCGGCGGAAGCCAGAACGCAGGGCGCCGAAGAGCCGGAGCAACGGCACCGCCGGGGACAGAACUUUGAGCAGGAAACUGGAAAGCCAGCCUCUUCCAGGGAGACUUGCCAAAGGGGCAUCAUACCAGCUGGGCCAUGCCUACUUCUCAGAACCUCAACUUCCUUGGCUGAAAAACAGGAACAUAGUACCUACCUGCCAGAACCAGACAGCAGCCUGGGUUCAAGCAUGGCUAUGAGGGUAGAUGGGCAGUGCUGAAGACCCACCCUGGUUCCAGCUGCUUCAGAAGGACUCCAGCACCCCCAACCCCUUCUGCUGCCCACAGGAUGGGAGCCUGGGUGCUGGGGGCCUGGCCAUGAGGGAUUGCUGCCCCUCCCAGCAAAAGGCCAGCCCUGCAUGCCUUAGGCACACCCCUGACCAAACCCCAAGCAUGGACUCUAGACACAGCAGCCCCAGUGGGGCUGGGGAAGGGGCCUCCUGCUCUGAGGGCCCCACUGGGAACUUGGCCUGCCCCUCUGUCACCUGCAUCCCUCCUCAAGAGGCAGCUACCAUGGAGACAUUGGGGAUACAUGGAGCCUUGAUCUCAGGGACACCAGAAACCACUUUGUCUAGAAAGCCAGAGCUUGUGUCAUCAGUGAAAACUGAUCCCACGUCCUCAGAGAACAGAAAUCCUGUGUUCUUGGAGAAGAGGGAUUUCAAGUCUUCAAAGCAGGCAGAUUUUGUGUCCAUAGGAAAGGAAGACUCUGGUUCCUCAAGGAAGCCAGAGCCUGUGUUGACAGGAAAGACAGAAUCUGCAGUCUCUGGAAAGGGAGAUCCUGUGCCUCCUGGAAGGGUGGAUUCCAUGACUCCAAGAAAGGAGGAUCUUGAAUCCUUGGGGAAAGGAGAUCCUCUGUGCUCCAGCAAGAUGGAUAUAAUGUCCCCAAAGGAGGAUCCUGGGUCUUUGAGAAAGGUGGAUCCUGUUUCCUCAGGCAAAGUGGAUCCUGUAUUCCCAAGAAAGGAGGAGCUUGUGGGCUCUGCAUCCACAGAAAAGGUAGAUCCUGGACCUUCAGAAAGGGUUAAUCCCAUGUCCUUGGGAAGCAUGGAUCCCAUACCUACAGAAAAGUCAGAUCCUGGGCUUUUGGGAAAGCUGACUCCAGGGUUAUCAGGCAUGACUGAGCCUGUAUCUUCUAGAAUAGGGGCUCCAGGGUCCUUGGGAAGGUUGGAUUCUACAUCCUCCAGGAUGGCAGAUCCUGCAUCUAUGGAAAAUGUAGAAAUGGGGUCCUUGGCAAAAGAGGACCCUCGAUUCCUGGCAAAGACAGACCCUGCCUCCUCAGGGGAGGAGUGUCCUGUGUCUGUGAGAAUGACAAAAACAGUGUCUGCUGGACCAGUGGAUCCCAUGUUUUCAGGAAAGAUAGAUCCCACAUCUGUGACAAGUACAGACCCUGUGUCUCUAGGCAAGAUGGAUCCAGUUUCCUUGGAAAAGGUGGAUCCUGUGACCUCAGGAAAGCCAGAGCCCUUGUCUUCUGGGCAGGCAGAACAUGUGUCUGUGGGAAAGACAGUAACUAUAUCUUUAGGAAAAGAAGACCUGGUGUUCUCCAGAGGGUUGGAUCCCACAACUGAGAGAAACAUAAAAAUACCAUCUUCUGGAAACGUGAAUCCUGAAUCUUCAGGCAAGACAGACCCUGUGUCCUCAGGUCCAGGGGAUCCCAGAUCCUUGGAGACAGGGGUUCUUCCACCUGCAGGAAAAGCUGGGGCAGUGACUGAGGAAAAAGGAGAUUCACGGUCCUUGGAGAAGGCAGGUCCCACAGUCUCAAGGAAAGCGGAUCCCCUGAUUUUAGGCAAUGUGGACCCCAUAAGCAGGGGGAAACCAGAAACUGUCCCCUUUAGAGAAGUGGACUACAUGUCUUUAGGAAAGGCCCCCAUGACUCCUAGCAAAACAGGCCUGGUGUCCCCUGGGAAGGCAGAUGCCAUCCCAGAGGGAAAGGUGGAUCCUCUGUCCCUGGAGAAGAGGAAUCCUGUGACCUCCACAAAGAAGGAAAUCAAGGCCUUGGGGAAAGCUGAGCCAAAGUCGGGGGGCAAGGCAGAAGCAAAGCUCCCUGGGCAAGAGGGUGCCACAUCAUCAGGAAAAGCAGUUUUGCAAAAGGAGCAGCCACACACCUCUGAGAAGGUAGAUCCGGGAUCCUCAGGAAAAGCGGAUCCCAUUGUGUCUGGGAACGUGGAGCCUGUAUCACAGGCCGACUCUGCAUCUCCAAGAAAAGCAGAGUCCCCAUCCUCUGGAAAGGGGUUUCCCAUUUCGAAGAAGACCGAGUCCUCCUCUUUCAGGCAAUCAGAUGGCAAGCCCUGCAGUUCAGCCUCAUCUCCCCGCGAUGGUCCCGGGAGUGUGGAGGGCGGUAAGGAGCCAGAGCCUGCCCCCAUCACUGAGACUCCCAGUCUUUGCCAGAAAGACCUGGUGGCCACUGAGGCCGAAAGAAGCCCCCGUGCUGAGGCCUCAGCGCCCGCACCAGGACCACGGACUCGCGACAACUUCACCAAGGCGCCGUCGUGGGACGCGAGUGCCCCGCCGCCACCGCCGCGCGAGGACGCAGGCACACAGGCAGGGGCACAGGCCUGCGUCUCGGUGGCCGUGAGUCCCAUGUCUCCGCAGGACGGUGCGGGCGGCCCGGCCUUCAGCUUCCAGGCAGCGCCACGCGCACCCAGCCCCACGCCCAGGCCGCCCUCACGCCGGGACGCGGGCCUGCAGGUGUCGCUGGGUGCAGCUGAGACGCGUUCGGUGGCCACUGGGCCCAUGACGCCUCAGACCGCCGCGCCCCCUGCCGCGCCCCCUGCUUUCCCCGAAGUGCGGGUGCGGCCAGGCUCGGCGCUGGCGGCCGCAAUGGCGCCCCAGGAGGCGGCCGAGCCAGUGCGCGACGUGAGCUGGGACGAGAAAGGAAUGACGUGGGAGGUGUACGGCGCCGCCAUGGAGGUGGAGGUGCUGGGCAUGGCCAUCCAGAAGCAUUUGGAGCGGCAAAUCGAGGAGCACGGCCGCCAAGGGGCGCCCGCGCCGCCGCCCGCUGCGCGCGCAGGCCCAGGCAGAGCAGGCUCGGUGCGCGCCGCGCCCCCGGAUGGCGCCGCUAAACGCCCGCCCGGCCUCUUUCGCGCUCUACUGCAGAGUGUUCGUCGGCCGCGGUGCUGCUCGCGGGCAGGACCCACGGCCGAAUGAUCUGCCCCUGUUUUGUACGCCCGGGUUUCCAACCUUCUCAGGCUCCCUUCUUGACCCCAGACCCCUAGAAGGUGUCCCCUCGGCGUGCGACAGCCCUCUGAGGGGUGGGCAGCCUCUAGGGGCUUCUAAUCCCCUUCCCAGCCCCAUUCGGUCCUAAACACACAAAUGAAACCCCUCUACUUAGUUCCCUCGUGGCUUUGAGCCCACAAACCCAUCCCUGCUGCCCUCUCGUGCCCUCAGUCCUCAGUUCCGUUCCCUCCAGGUCACACUGGGCUAGCAAGGGGACCUACUCAGCACCCAUACCUCCGGCCCCCUGAGAGCUAAGGCAGGCUCCUGAGAUGGCCAGAUUUGGUGUGUUGAGGUCUCCAAUGGGACCAGAUUCCCAGAACUGGGAAAGACUGCAUGCAAAUCUUUAAGUGGCCCUCCAUGUGUGCAAGGAUUGGUGAGACUCCCACCCCGACGUGUGCUGGACUCUGAAUGUGUGGCCCUGGGAGGUUUCUGAACGAAUGGGCAUAUGCUGGCCCCCAUGGCUGGGGCACCUCUUGCAUGCUGUUGGUGGUCCCUCCCCAACUCCAAUCUCCCCAUCCCCCAAGCCCUAGCUCCUUUCCCACCAGCUCACUGGUUCACAAUUCCCAGAGAGGCCAAAGGCCAGGAAGGGCACUGGGGACUCAGAUGAGAAGGAGAGUUGCUGAAAAGCCAGAGGGUCUCAAACAAGAGAGAAGGUCACAGUCAGACUCAUGAAAGGUCUUGGGCCACAGCUGCCUAGGUGACAACUGUUCUAGGGUAUUGGGGACAGGGUGAAGAGUUCAUUCUAUAACCACCGUUCACUAUUAAAGGCCACCCUCUUCAGUCCCUUGUUCCCCCUGUGCUGUGAGCCCCCACAAGUCCCUUGUGACCACUCAGUGCCCUUGUCCCCACCCCACCAGCCUCAGUUUUUGGCUACACACUGUCACAGUAUACAUUGGUAAUAAAAUCUUUCCCCAACCCUUGUCUGCUGUGAUUGACUGAAAUCAGGAAGCAAAGCAACAUCAUAUA